AUGUUCAUAGAUCGCGAGGCAAUGAUUCAUUUCAUAGGAGGAGCUGUGGGAGGAACAGCAGGUACUUGUAUUACAUGUCCUCUGGAAGUCGUGAAAACAAGAAUGCAAUCCAGCAAAGGCAUUAAUCCAGUUGGACCAAGCACGAGUCAAGACGGCAGUAAUCCCAAAAAUUUCUCAUCAACUACCUCAAGAAAAGCUGCGCCGUCAACACGACCGUUGUCUUCUACAUAUAAACAUUUUCUUGAAAGUAAACGUCGUCUGGGCAUAGGACUUCUAGGACAGUGGGAAGCAUCGGGUGAUGCAUGUCGAAACGCCAUGUCCCUUGAUCUUUCGCGUUGUGUGCAGUCCCAGGCUCAUGACUCCGCCACUUUUCUACGACGGCGGUUGAACAUAAUGCGUCACUUCUCGCACAUAAUUAAGAACGAGGGAUUUGGUGCUUUGUAUAAAGGUCUACUUCCGAACCUUGUAGGUGUUGCUCCUUCAAAAGCCGUUUAUUUCUACUCAUACUCAACAAGCAAACGCUUCUGGAACGACUCUGAAAUAAUUGUACCCAACAGUGCAAUUGUACACAUGGUGAGCGCUGGUUCAGCAGGUUUUGUGGCUGCAUCCGCAGUUAAUCCUAUCUGGUUGGUCAAAACGAGACUGCAGCUUUAUCACGGCAAAUGCGGAAUACUGCAAAUGAUUCGUAGGGUGUAUCAACGAGAAGGGAUUCGAGGGUUCUAUAAGGGGGUUACCGCAUCUUAUGCUGGAGUAUCAGAAACUAUGAUUCAGUUUGUUAUCUACGAAUACCUGCGCGGUUACCUCAUGCGACGACAUAAUGAGGAGGACGACAAAGGAAAAAUGGACUUUUUGAAUUUUAUGGUAGCCGGAGGAUGUGCGAAAUUCAUUGCGUGUGUCAUCGCAUAUCCACAUGAAGUUGUUCGAACUAGACUUCGUGAGGAAUUAUCAGUGAAGCGAGGGUUCUUCCGCACGUUGUACGACUUGUACAAAGAAGGGGGACAUGCUAUGUACCGAGGGCUAUCUGUCCAGCUGAUGCGCACGGUUCCAAACACUGCGAUCACGAUGGGAACAUACGAGGUUGUAGUGUACAUGUUGCAUCAGUUGUAA